AUGUCAUAUUUACCGACUUAUUCCAACGACUUGCCAGCAGGCCAGCAAGGUCAGAGGAAGCGCAGUGAUGGUAAUGAGAAUAGUUCAGGAAGAGGAUAUGGUCAACAAUCUGUGCCGAUGGUAAUCAAGAGGCUAUUUAAAACACCAAAGAAUUUGGACCUCGAGACAGCCAGCUGGGAAAUGUUCCAUCUGAUUUUCCAUCCAAGAAAGGCUUAUAGGUCAAUAUAUUAUCAGCGACAGACGAAAAAUCAGUGGGCUAGAGACGACCCCUCUUUCUUCAUCUUCCAGAUAGCUUUGAUUUCACUCAGCUCUAUUAUUUGGUCAAUUUAUAAUUCAGGUUUUAAUAAUGAGAGUGAUAUGGGGUUUUUUGGCAUUAUAGGCCAUUUUUUCAAAAGUUUAGUAAUGAUGGUGGUUUUAGACUUCUUCAUAUUUGGGUUUAUUAUGGCGACGAUUUUUUACCUUUUGUUGAAUAGAUCACAUUUUAAAUUCAAAUCCAGCCAAAAUAGCGUUGUAGAAUGGGCUUAUUGUUUUGAUGUUCAUUGUAAUUCAUUUUUAAUCAUCUUACUGUGCCUAUACUUCAUUCAGUUUUUAUUGUUGCCUAUAAUCAAUCUACAAAAUUGGAUUUCUUUACUCAUUGGUAAUUCGUUAUACUGUUUCGCUAUUGGCCAUUAUUUUAUUUUAACGUUUUAUGGCUACAACCAGUUGCCGUUCUUGAAAAAUUUGAACUUUAUACUUUUACCAACGUUAGGAUUAUCAAUAAUUUACCUAAUUAGUUUAUUUGGCAUCGACUUAUCCAAAAAAUUGAGUUUUUACAACUACUGA